UCACUUCACGUUGAGUGUUCGAUACGCAUGAGUGCAUUAGGCUUACGUGUCGAUUUUUCCUGCGAACUUGAUUUUAGUGGACUUGACGGUUAUUUUUCGUACCGAAGCCUCUCAGUUGGCCUUGUAUGUUUGUCUACCGCAAUGUGAAGUUUAACCACACACUGUGUACUUGUAUAACAGGAAUGUCAGUUACGCACUACGACCUUGGAUAAGAUGCUGGCAUGAGUGUUCGCUGAUGUGGAACCGUCAACACUAGAGUGACUGACAGUCUUGUUAUAGACUAAAAUUUAACAAGUAGGAAAGCACACACAGAGGUCAAUGGGUAAUGCUAAUAGUUCUGGAGGAGGUUUGGUUGUCGGAGAAGAUCAGGAUCUUCCUGAAAUUUAUGAAGUUUUGACAUACGAGGAUGAUGGUUUUGGUGUAGAGGAAGAUGAAGACAGUCUAGAGGAAGAAUACAAAGAAUGUGACGACGAGGGAGACUCCGACGGAGAGGAGAGAGAGUCUAAAGGAGAAGAGAGAGAGGGAGAGGAAAAAGAAGGGGAUACACAGGCUGAUCAGGGAGAAAAACAGCUCCUAGAGGAUCAGCAAGGAGCGAAACAGAAACAACAGCUCACCAAGGAACAGCAAGAUGUCAACAGCAGAAAGGAUAAGGCUGUCAGUGGCUACAUCUAUUCUGGGAUAGACCCCACCAUUGUGUCACGUCUGAUUCGUGAGGUGGAGGAACUACUCACACAUGUGACUAACGAAAACUUCGAAGCGGCCCAGAAUGCAGCACUCAUAUUGAAGGAGACCAAUUUAGGGUCUUUAGCAGAAGGAAUGAGCAAAUCAAUAGAGCGACAACAGAGAUCCUACUACGAUGGAAAUAUCCCUUCAAACAGGAAGUCAGGUUCUCGUCUUCAGGGUCCUAGAAUUGAUGUUGGGUCAAGAAAACAAGCUUAUCGUCAGGGAAACACACCAAAUAGGUCAUCAGCUGAUCUCACCAAACUUCCACCAAUCAAUGGUUUCCGCAACGAAAAACCAGACAGUCGGGAGACGGGAUCAACUGUUGUGUUUACAGAUGGUGGCGGAGAUACAUCCCCCAGCAAAGGUCAGCAUGGAGGUCAUGUAUCACGCCCUCCGUAUAGUCCGACAAAAAUGUCUGUUUCCAAGGACAAAUCCCCUGCCAAGGAUCAAAGGUCAGGGGUCACAUGUAAUGACAUUGUGGCCAUGACCUCAAACUAUGUUCCAAGUGAUGACAAGUCCACCAUCAGAGAUCAAAGGUCAAAUAUUGCAUCAUUGGUCAAUUCUGUCCAGCUUGAAGACAAGCCACAAGAUGAUGAAAGGUCAAAGUUCAUCAGGGAUCAAAGGUCAAGUAUACCAUCAAUGAUUCCUUCAUUUCAAAUGGAUGCCAAAACAAAAGAGGAAAGGUCAAAGGUGAAGGAACAAAGGAAAAGUUUGAUUCCAUCAUUCUCCAGUGAGGAUAGGUCAAGGUCAAAGGAUUCCAAAUAUAGCUCAAGUAACAAUCAUGGCGAGGAGGGAUCGAAGGUUGAGGCGGUGAAGGCAGAGGUGGGAAAACCUGAACCAACAAAGACAGAGCCUAAAACCUUGUCACCAAAGAAAACAGUUGAAGGGGUGGAACCAGAAGUUGGGGAGUUCAAGUCAGAAAUAGCAUGGGACGUUGAUGUAUCUGACAUCACCCCUAGCAGGAAAAUCAGGAAACCAGUGUUAACAAGUUCUCAAACGAAGGUAGACGACUCUAGCCCUUACAUCCCUUCAAGUGUGAAAGUGACUGAGGAGCAGAUCUGUGCUAGGAAAGUUUUUGAUAUGAAACGAUGGGUGUGCGUGAGUCGACCACAGUACAGCAAGUCAUGUGGAAUUACCUCCCUUGUCUCCUGUUGGAACUUCCUAUUUAGUUUACUGGGUAACGGAAGUCUAGCACCUAUCACCCAGGAAGAGGCUCUCACCAUUCUUGGGUUCAAACCACCAUUUGACGAGAUCAGAUUUGGGCCGUUCACUGGAAACGCAACCUUAAUGACAUGGUUCAAGAAGCUAAACGACCACUUUAAAGUGCGUGGGCAGAGCUACUUUACAUACAAACCUCACGGUAAGGACAAGACCUUUGGGAUGACAUCAGACAUGGCCCUCCAGGCAAUUAAAAAAGGACUGCAGGACCCCAACACAAGCUACAUCUACCACUGCCAGAAUCAUUACUUCUGUCCAAUCGGAUUUGAGGAUACACCCCUAAAAGCUGAGGAGGCUUACAGUGGACCCCUUGCCCAGGAGGACGUAGAAACACAUAUUCUGAUUGGAGACUGUGCAAUCAAACACCCAAGUAUACACUGCAAAAAAUGGGAGGAUAUUUCCAUCGACCUGAAUUGUGUCAAUCCUGAGUACCUUAACAUUCGUCGCCUGCAAGAAGGACUGCAGAAACGCAAGGCCAAAAAGCCUGGUGGUAAUCUUCAUUGCAUCAUGGCAUUUCGCAAAAACAAUUUUCAGUCUAUUCACAGAACUCAUAUCCCUGUGUUUGGGGGUGGGGCUAAAACAAGAACACGAUCAACAUCAAACCAAGCACUAAAUGUUUCACCGGGCACACACGUUUCUACAACAGGGACCCCCAUUAUGCCAAUGUCUGCUGACACAACUGCCAAACUUGGUAAUAAUAAUGAAAUCUCAAUGGGAGUGAAUCAUCAUUCUGAAGUGUUGCCUAGCAACGGAUUUGGUGACGGUGAGCAUCCACAGGUAGGAGAUGUAAAGCAGACAGAGGAGGAGGAGGAGAAUAUGUGUUCAGAGGAUGAAGAGGAUGAUGAAUAAGUCGUGAAUUUUUGGGAACAUUUGUUUUAUAAAUGUGUAUUAUACAAUUCUGUUAUUGGUUUACAAGACAGUAUGAUCUGCUGAUUUUCCAAACUCAUUAGCUCCUACAUCUCUGGUAAAUGUAUUUUGAAAUAUAUUUGUUUGAAUAGCGAGCUAUCUUAAUGUAAAUUAUUAUGGUUUAACCAAAAGUAAAUUUUGGGUUUCUUAAGAGACAAUGUUUACAAUACCUGGUAUUUACUACAAAAACUUAAAGAUUGGUAAUUUAUAGUCCUGUUAUAUUUUUGAUACAUGUUGAGUUGUACAGUUGUCUGGUGACAAAUGGUAACUAUUGUGGUCAUAUCACAAUGAACCGGGGAUGUUUUCAUUGAUCGCAUUCUAAACAGUUUGACCGAUUGAACCAGUUGUUUGUUUAUGAAAUAGGGAUGGACUUGGUUAUCUGAUGUUGCGUUCUGAUGAGCCUUGAUGAAGACUUCUAAGGCCUGUAUCUGCAUUUAUCCCAGAAAUAUCACAUAUAGAAAAAAUGGCCUUCUUGUUUGUUGGCAAAAAGAAACAGGCCCAUUGUCUUUAAAGUAGAUAAUUUUUAUUUUAAAAGUUGCCAGUUCAACUUGAAAGCCGAUACACUGUAUAGAAUGAAAAAGUGGAUAUUAAAUUCAACAUAUAUUGGAUGUUUCAAAAGGGAAUGGAAAAUUUAAUUCAGUGAAAUGAAGAUAGUUAUGUGUGUGAAUACAUUUCUUACAUAGAAUUUUGCUACAGUGCUGCAUAUUGAUCUGUUAGAUAUUUACAAGUGAUUUGAGGUGAAUUAUAAGUGUGCUAAAAGUGAUAUCUUAAAGAUCCCUGUACCACUGCCAAAGUCUAUCUAAACACUGGUUACUGGUUUUUCUGGCAUGAUAUAGCUAUUAUAAAUCAUUUCUGGAACGAAAACUAUGCCUUAUGAUAAAGUUGAAAUAAACGAAAUACAAUCAGUGUACUGUGUAAAAACAAUAAUAGCAGACCUAGACCAGGAUUCAAACAGCCUAGAUCUCUGUUGUUCUACUAUCGCUCUAACUGACUGAGCUACCUGGUCAACAGAAGUGUCCUUCCCAACUGUGCUACAGUUAAAUCCAGAACGAAAUUAAGGGGAGACAACUGUAUAUACGAAAAGCCAGAGUGCAGUGGGACAGGGACCCUUAACACAGUGAAGAUAUCACAAAUGCGAUGAUAUUCAGAAAAAUAUUGAAUCUCAAAUAUAUGCAAAAUUAAGGGAAUAUAAUGAAGGAGAACAAGUGUGACAUGUUUUCAUUGAUUGAUAUUUCUUGAAUUUUUUUUUUUUACAUGAAUAAGGACAAAAACUUACUAAAGGCCAAGUUGUAAAUUUUUUGCUGCCUGAAUAUUUUUACAAUUAACUGUGAUAAAAUGUACAGCUAGUGUAGUGUUUUGUCUGUAAUAUUGUUUUUCUGAUUGUAAGCCUCAUUGAUACUCGAGCUCUAACCCACUAGGUUCACCAGUUGUUGACCUUUAGAUGAUGAAACACCAUCUACAGUCACUCCAAAAUCUCAGUUCGUCUCAUUACACAGUGGAAUCUGUGUAAACAAUCUGUUAAAACUGACACUAGGAAAUUGUUGUCAACGAGUCAGGUAUCAUUGAGUAAAGUUUUUACUGCGAUGUAAUUAACAAGGGAGGCAACUGGAACAAUUUGCAGGUACAAAAUUUUACCACUGCUUAACAUGUGUUGUCAAUAUUAGACACAAAGGAAUACGUGUAAUGAAAAUCAUCAUUCUGGUGAAAUUUUAUAAUCUGUAUAAAACAUAAAUCUACAAAUUCUAAGUUCCCGGUAAUAUGUGUUCACCUGAUCACACAUUUUGUUUAUGAUUUACUGAAAUGCACACCUUGCUUUACAAUCUACAUACAAAUAAACAUAGGAAACAUACACUGUACAUAUACAUCUGUAAUAAUAUUAAGCAUUAAUUGAAAAUAUG